CGUGUUUUCUCUGCCAAGUGUGAGGGGAGGGUCCGCCAUGGACGCCGCGCCGCGCUUUCCUCGGCAUGUGGAGCUGCCGCAGCCAGUGCCACGCGGUCUGUUGCAGACACCGCCGCUGACAAUGCGGGCCGAAGAGCAAAUCUUUGGCACCGCAUGCCUCCGACUGGUGGGCGCGGCAAUCUGCAUUGGGCCAAGAGGUAGUCGUGUCAGGGUUCGCCAGCAACUUCGAAGACGACAUCAGCCAGUUGAGGUGGAGGAUAUGUUGACAAAGGCUGCCCACUCGCUCGGGGUGCAGAAGUUGAAGCCAUAUCAGCGUGCAGUGGUUGAGGCCAUUGUGGCUGGCAAGGACUGCUGUGUCCUCAGAGCCACCGGCAGCGGGAAGUCGCUUUGUUUCCUGCUUCCAGCAAUCUUGACUGGAAAGAUUGUCAUCGUGGUGAGCCCCCUUGUGGCACUCAUGAAAGACCAAGUGUCGCAGCUGAACAAAGCUGCCCAGGAAUCAGGUCUGCAAUUGAAGGCAUGCUUCCUGGGCUCAGGCCAUCAGGACUUGCAAGAAAGAUGGAACAUGGAUGAAGCUGCCAUACAAGGAAAGUACAACGUGGUCUACUUGACCCCGGAGAAGCUCAUUGAUAGCAGCAACCUGCUGCGACGGCUUCGGCCGCUGUACGCUGACGGACGCCUCGGCUUGCUUGCAGUUGAUGAGGCACAUUGCGUGUCCGAGUGGGG